AUGGCCAUACUCGCUCCUCCGGACUGGCAAUAUUCCCCUAGAGAACCAGCUAUGGACAAGGGUCCGUCCCAAUCUCAACCACCGGCCUCGUCGUCGUCGUCAUCCACUCCCUCCCCACAACCCCAGCCCCAACGACCUUCUCACCCCCAACAACAACAACCAGCCCAAUAUGGCGCAUUCCAGCAACAACCCCAAGGAAGCUGGACCCCAUCAUUGGCGGCAGCGCCUUUCUAUCCUGGCGCAUUCUACCAUCAACCAGGGCAGGGGACCCCUCCGGUCUAUCCAGCGAACAAUCCGUAUUUCGACCCCGCAAAUGCGAAUGCCCAGUUGGCGGCCCAGUGGGCUUAUCAGCAGAUGAUGUUUAAUGCGGCGGCUGCCCAGCAACACCAGCAACACGAAUACUUCCAGCCGCCCCAAAUGGCGUUCAACCCCUUCCCCAGCGGGACUCCACCGCCACGACCAGGUCCCAAUGAUAUGCAACAGCAAUCUGGUGGCUACCAUCCUUACCGCCGGCCGUCGCGUCAGCAGUCAUCGUCACAAUCCGAUUCCCCUCAAACUUCUUCUACAAACGAAUGGCGCCCACAGCCACCGUAUUCUAAACCCGAGGCAUCUGGUUCGUCCAGUUCGGUCAACUCGCAAGGCCGAGUUAGGACAAACAGCAAUAACUCGAAUAAGGCUACCUCACCCACAACGACGACGAGCAACAACUCGCGCUCUUCUCCAAUCCCCAGUAAUCGACCGUCUCCAGCGACAUCUUCUUCUUCGCAGAGCAACAAUGGUAUUCCUGCUCCGCCCCGAAUUCCACAUCACAGAGCUGGCUCGUCGUCGUCAACUCAUAGCGCUCAUUCAACAUCUUCUUCAUCAGGCAUAUCAUCUCCCCCUUCGGUUUCAGCCGCCAAGCUAGCCAGACCGAGUCCGCUCAGUCAAGGCGCCAUCAUUGCACCUUCCCGAACUAGCACUAGUAGCUCUUUGGGUCCCGCUUCAACUACCCGAGCCGAACGUCGUAUAAGUCGAGACGACUCCUCCCUCGCUCUCUCGUCCUUAUCACUGUUGGCAACACGAGCAGAGGCAGCCAAGUCGGCAUCAGCUGGAUCAUCAUCACAAACAGCCACGACGCCAAGCUCGACACUAACAAGUGCUACGCCUCCCGCACCGGCUGUUGUCAAGGGCUCGGGUCUUAAAGGGCGACUACGACGGGCCCUCUCAUUCAAUUCGAGUGUUGCCCUAAAAGAAGAGCUGGAUGAUGAGUAUGGAGAGGAAGAUGAGGAGGAAGGCGGCGGAAACGCUAGUGACGACAGCGAUGCUAGCAUCAAGGCUAGCGUUGUUAACCCUAAACAACCGAGCCUGGCCAAGACACCGGCCGUGAUUCAGAACGCGACACGCAAAGCCGUCCCGCCCGCAUCGACUUCUGGGUCGGCUUUUUCUGCUACUUCGGUGGCUUCUUCCUCCACCGCAUCAACGCUUCCUGUCGGCCAACAGGUCCCGCUCCCGAAAAAGAAGUCGCGCGCAGCGUCUUUGUUCUCCAAUGCCCGUCUUAACGCGAGCACGGACAACAUUUCGCUCAGCAGUACCGUCAGCAGUGCGAGUGUGAUGAUUCGGAAACUGGGGAGUAUGGGAAGGCUGGCGAGGCGGAACUCGCUCGCUGGAAUCACGGGGCUAUUCAAGGAUCGGAAAAAGAAGGACAAUGAAGGUGGGGAGGACGACAAUGAAGAGGGGAGUGGGAAGAAGGACAAGGACAAAAAGAAGAAGGACAAAAAGGCGUCGUCUGGCAAAGGGAGUGCGUCAGAGGCUUCCGUUUCACAUGCGACUGCCGAACUCGAGGCUGGCGACUGGAGCGUGCCGACUAACGACAGCACGCUGAAGGGUCUCAGUCCUGCUGCUAAACUUGCGAGACAACAUACGCUCAAGAGUAAUGCGGAGGCUGCGGCAAAGGCAAAAGAAGCCGCUGCCCGCGCUGCUCAAGCUCAGGCGCAAUCCAACGGAAAUGGAGUUAAUGGGGGUGGUGUACCAACUUGGGAACGGAAUACUGCGACUAGACGGGGAGGUGGUGGAAUGCAGGUUGCAGAGGAUGGGACGAGGGUGUUUGUGGAAGACAGCGGUAGCGAGGGCGAGGAUGAGCCACAGCAUUAUCCAAACCAGCCACAGCAACAAUGGGCUAUCGACGAGGAAGAUGACGAAGACGAGGAAUGGGGCAUGAUUCCUGGCGAAGAGGACGAUACUAUCAGGCAAGAAAUUGCUGAUGCCCAUCGUCAUGAAGAGGGUGGUGAUGAGUAUGGAUAUGGGGAAGAAGAGGUCGAGCCAUGGGCUGUGGAUCUCCGGAGAAGUGUGGAGCGAACACGGGUGCCAACAAAAGGGAUUCUGAAAAACGCAGAUACUUAUAACCAAGCUGCGUAUCUUCCGGAGAACAUCCAUCAUUUUGGAGGAAGUGGGCCAUUACCAGCGUUGCGAGCGCGGAGCAACUCAUAUAAUGCGCCAGGUCAAACGGAACUCGGGCCACUAGCAAGGAUACCCAGUCCCGAUCCAGACCACAUUGAUGGUCUACACCGACAUGGAAGCCAUUCUAGCGGUCAUGGGCAUGGAACAGAAGAGACUUCGUUGGCGGCCAAACGCAGCAGUGUCCCUUCAUUACCUCCUCUUGGAUUCGAUCUCGAUCUCGGAGGAAGCAUGUUCGAGUCGCCUCAGGUUACUCCGACUGCCGCAACUUACGCCCAAGCUGCAGCAGCUUCUUCGCAGCCACCACCGACACCACCGUCUCCACAAGCUCCCCAACCGGCUCCAGCGAGCUUGUACCAACAUCCAGCACUUAACUCGUCCGCGCCAGCUCUAACCACCCUCAAUUUUGGUCUUUCCGCGUCGUCUUCGGUUCCCCGUGCGGCCACUGCGCCCGCCAAAAAACAUCUCGCGUUUGCCAGCAAUUUAAGCGUGUAUGACACGUUUAGCGCGAGCACUUACGACCGUCGAAGCGAGCCUGCGACAUGGAGUCGGCUGACGCCACAGCUUGCGCAAAGGAUCAAGGAGGAGCUGAACAGCUACAAAAUGGAGGAAAUGGAGGUCCAUGCUGCUAGCCGGGUCCAUACUCAAUUCUUUGUCUAA